AUGUCCAAACCCAACGAACCCAAAGACUCUCCCGAUCCCACUGAUCCCAACAAGCAACUCAUCAAAUCAGUCUCCCUCCCCCAAAUCCCCAUCCCUUCCACAUCCGAUUUCCCACCUCAAUCUGCUCUAUCAUUCCCUCCUUCCCCUCCCCAGACAGUUUCUCAUUCCCAUUCCGCCGAUUCUCCCUCCUCUCCUCCUUUUCCUCUUCCCACUACCCUUUCUCUCAGAUCUCUAGAAGUCGCACUAGCAUCAGAAUCACACACACACCCAUCCUCACCCUCAAAAGACGAAGAACCCCCCAACCCCCCAACCGAGCCUUCCACCGAAACUCAACCAAGCUCUCCAGCCCCCUACCAACCCGGCCUCUCGCUCCCCCUCUUCGCAUUCAGCUCCUCCGAAUCUUCAACUCCCCUCCUCGAUUGCGAAUUUAUAACUUUCACUCCCGAGGAACUAGUCCAUGCAAGUUAUGAUUUUCUAGUAGCGCGGGUAAUCAUCUCCAUCGAAAAGAAGCUUCGAUCGCAAAGAGAAGAGGCGCAGAAACAUGUUGAAUGGAUGGAAGAGAGUGGAGAUGGGGGAGAAGGAGUGAUGGGGGAUGGGAUUGAAGGGGGUGAGAUGGUUGUUAGUGGUGUUAGUGGUGUUAGUGGUGUUAGUGGUGUUAGUGGGAGAAAUACUCUCACUCAUAACCCACUAGGAAAUCUAGGGAGUAGAGUGGGAGAAGUAGGUUUAGGGAGCGCAUGGAGACGAGAACAAACAUCCCCCUUCCACGGAGGAGUAUUAGGGAUAUUUGGUCAACACAAGAGCCAGGGAUUAAGGGGGGAAAAAGAUCGGAAGAGGAGGUGGGAGUUUCGGAUCUAUGAGGAUCCGGUUGAUGGAAAGCCUGAAGGGUCUGAAACCGCAGAGAUGAGGGAGAUGAGGAGAAGGAGACAGGCGGGGGAAAGGUGGGAAAUCGAGCGGGCGAGUGGAGGACCGCGAGCGCGAGAGUGUGCGGGGGAGAAUCAGGAGAAUCAGGAGAAUGAGGAAGGGGGGAGGCGUCGACCAACCCGACAAGCUGGGGAUGUUAGAGAAAGUGGGAACGACGAGGUGGAUGAUGAUGAUGGUCAACAACCUGCAGAACCGCACUCUACCCGAUCCGCACUUCCUCUUCCUCCUCCUCCCACACAAUCGCGAAUCCCGCUCGCUCCUCUCUCGCGACUCCCCAAACCCAAAGAAUGCAAGCCCAUCACCCUCUCCAUCCACUGGAACCCCGAACCUCUCAUCCCUGCCGCAUAUAUCGAAAGAACAACUCGUAUGUGUGCUAUCGUUUGCGCAUCAAGAAGCUCGCUUUUCCAUCUUUCGAAUCCUGGGGAUGGGGAUGAAGAUGAAGAUGAAGGAAACUUAGUCAAGGAAGCUGAGAAUUUACCUGCGGAGGAUGAAAGGAAUAGGGAAGAAGAAGAAGAAGAAGAAGAUCCCGCCCAAACCCGCGCCGCCACUCUAAAUGACCCCCCCAUCGAAAUCAGCUCUACAACCGCCCUAGAGAACCCCCCAAAAAUGAAUCUCACAACCCUCCAUCCCUCCUUCCCCACCCACCUACAAUUCAGCGAUCUCUACGGCAACAGCGAUAGCGACAGCAGCACCGCGACCAACUCAGAAGGAAUUCGAGAGAUGCUUCGAUUUUUACAAGAGAGAGGAGGAAGAGAUGAGUUGAUUGUGGAGUAUCUUCUUUUGUAG